GGUGUCGCACACUACUAUUAUAGUUUUUACCAAUUUUUUUUUCUAUGGCAGAUAUAGUAAAAGUAGUCUGUAUGCUGCUCAAAAAUCACCAACGGUCUUUACGGGGCGAUUCAUUGAAUCAUUCAUUUGAUUCAUUCGCAAACACUGAAUCGUUCAGGAACGAAACAACACUAAUGCGUUGCUCUGCUCUUCUCUCCUGUGGGGUUUGAAGACGACGUAUCUGACAAUAUUGUGUCUGAACUAAAACAUGACUGGGACAUACUUUUUUGGCCGUCAGAGCCAAAACUGUGCUGAAUGCAAGACCUAAGCGAAACUCUUAACGGGAUUAUAACAUCUGGGCGGCGUUCGGUUCGGUUCUCGUGGUUUCCCGCUCUGGAUUUCGGAUUUAUCGUUUUUUAUCGGGAUGGAAGGCCGGGAUUUCGCUCCUCCGCCGCACCUUCUGGCAGAGCGAGGCGCGCUGGUUCACAGAGGCGCCUCGAGGAUCACUCCUGCCGGGCACACGGCUGUGCAGCAUCCCGGUCACUUUCAGCCUGGGAAAUAUUACCCCUCGCACAUACCGAUGCCUCCACAUUCAGGCAGUGGACUGAUAGGGAACUCUUCAGCCUCCUUCAUGGGAACGUUUCUGGCCAGCAGUCUGGGCUCUCCUCCCUCACACCCCAGCGGACCCCCAUCAUCCCCCUCUUCUCCGCCCUAUCGCUCUGGACCUCACUCCACAGCCGCGUCACAGAUCUGGUUCCCACACUCACAUGAAGCCCCAGGGUAUCCCCGCUUUUCAGGGAGUCUAGCCCCCACCUUCCUGUCCAUGAGCCCCCUGGAUCACCAUGGCAACAGCAGCGUACUCUAUGGACAGCACCGCUUCUAUGACUCUCAGAAAGAUUUCUAUCUACGAAGCCUCCCGUCGCAGCCCCACCUUCUCUCCACAAAUCACAGCCUCCCACCACUAUCUAGGACCGCCCCUGCCCACCCGUUGGACUCCUGCAGUCGUGAGAGGGAGCUUGGGAGCACAGCUUCCCAAAAGAGCUCCAAAGAGACGGGUGUAGCGGAGCGAAGAGUAGCACCCGGAGGAAAAGAAAAAGAAAAGAGUAAACAAGAGUCCAAGCAGGAUCGGCAACAUCACGGUCCUCCCACCCUUCACCACCAGCACCAGCACCACCCUCAAGGCCUAGAAGAGGAUUUCCGGCACAAAGAGGACCCUAAGCACCUUAGUUCCUGCCUGCUUAGCACCAAGACCCAGAAUGGCUCUGAUCCAAGGGCCACCACCAGGGGCUCCCUACCCAGUUGUGUGGGGCCAGGGGCCUCUGGUCUGGGGACUGUUCGGCAGACAAGCGGAGAUGGUCACUGUUGCAAGGAGGGGGUCAGUGGAGAGAUGCGAAUUAGCGAGCCACCCUCAGACUGUCUUCGCCACAGUGCCAUGCUGGGCCAUGCCCACCCAGUGCCCUACUCUAUACCCCCUCCCUUGGGCCUAGGCUCUGCCGUGGGAGGAUCCUGGCUGCACCCGAGUCAUCCGCACCAUCACCAUCCUCAUCAUCCCCAUCCUGAUCUCUUCUGCCCACCACCCCCUGCUCCACUAACCAUGCCCACUGCUCAGGAAAAGAGCCUUGGCAGGGACUCUGAGGUGACGGGGCCUACCUUUGUGCCCUCUGUGGGGCCACAGGGAGACAAAACCAGUGGACCGUUCCAGCUGGGGAACCCUCACUGUCGAGGUGUGGGAGGUGGGAUGGUCGCGGUUGGGGGCAGCACAGGAAAGACAAAAACUCCUGAGAGGAGUAGCAGUGGAAGUCGAGCAGCUACCCUACUGCCUCCUCCGAGCAGCUGCCAAAGAAAAUCUUCCCAGCAGCAACACGCAUAUGGCAAAACAGACAAGAGCCCAGACUGGCCCCCGGGCCCGCAUUCACGCACAAACGAGGUUCAGCACAGUCAGAAUCAGCAUCCCCACUCGGCUCGUUCUUGUAGCUUGGACGGGAGUGAGGAAUCUGAUGCCUUCCGUCCCUCUCUGCCACAAGGGACAAAGGGUGGGCACCAAGCUAAGAGUAGCAUUUAUGCCAGCACUCCACCUUUCCGGGACUGUUCCCACUCAGGUCCGUCGAACAGGGCGUCGUCCGAAGGUAAAGGUGCAAAGGAUGUUGAGUGUACUCUUCAGAGGAACAGUCAGAGAGUUGCACGGAUACGUCAUCAGCAGCACAGUAACAGGGCUAGCACUGGUGGACAGGGUCCAGAGUUGGAGCCUGGCAACGGCACACAAGACAAGAGGAAGAUGGACAUGGAAACGACAUCACAGGGAUACAGCGGGCAUCAGACUGGCACUCAUCCCUCCUGGGAGGUGCGAGGACACCCGGCUCGACCGGAUGAAGAACCGCACAAGGCUUACAACUCUCUGGGUGCUGCUUCCCAGACUUCACAUGGGGACCAAGGGCCUCUUCCCCCUCUAACUGCCCCACAGGAGGCCACACUGGGCCCCCAGGGACCUGAAAGCAAUGCCAUGAGGAGUCUGAUGAAGUAUAGCAGCCAGCAACCACUGCUGUUCUCUCAGAAGAGCCCGUUUGGUGGCCUGGGCUGCCUCAAACAGGGGGCAGUUACUGGGGAGAGGAGCGAGAGGAACGAGAGAAACGACAAAAGUGGAAGCGGUUUGAGCUGUGCUCUGCAGGAGGCAAAGCAGACCCUGCCCCCCAGGAGAGCCUCGUCAUCUGGGGAGAAUGAGCGCUCGGAGCGGGCAGGCAAGGACUCAGGGGAAGCUCAGGGGGAGGGAGAGGUGCGACAGCCCCCUGUAGGGAUAGCGGUGGCCGUUGCCAGGCAGAGAGAGCCCCUGUGCCGCCUGCCAGACGGGCAUCCCACCCACAGCCACCAUAGCAGAGUGAUGCCCAGCAUGAAGGGUGUUGGACGCCCAAUGUACCCGCUGGAGCGGGAGAUGGAUGAAGACAUGAAAAGAGUCUGCGAGGAACAUCUUGGACUGCCUGCAUACGACAGAGAGCGAGAACUCCUCCUCAGGGAAAACAAAGACAGAGUUGACUUUGCCAGGAUCCACCCCUCCAGUAGUUGCCAUGGAGAUUUGACCUCACACCUUAUUGUGCCAGGCGGUAGCCAAUUAGGCACUGAGCCAUCUGCUCACGCCCACCCCGCCCAUCAUCACUGGAUGCCUCGGACAGGAAGUCCCUCCCUCUGGAUGGGACACUCUUAUGGUCUCAGUCAUGCAGCAUUGCACCAGAACUUGACCCCCGGCUUCUCCGCAGCCAUGCCCAGCCCCUUGCAACCAGUCUUGCCCCUGCCUCAGGACCCCUCCGCCGCCCUGGUGGUAUUGCCUACCGAGCCAGCAGCCCACCCUGCCACCCAUCACCUUGAUGUAAUGGAGCAGCAGGGACUGUGGCCCCCUGUUUACGGAGCCCGAGGGCCCGCCUCACACAUGCAGCAUCCCGCUGUCUAUUCCCGCUCCCAGUUUCUACGGCAACAGGAACUCUAUGCGCUUCAGCAACAUCAGCACCAGCAGCACCGCGCGGCACAGGCGAUGGAGCUGGCGCACAGACACAGUCACUCGCAGAGGAAACCUGAGGAUCCCCCCAUCGAUCUGGUUGAGGGAUCGUCUGAGCUCCGCACGUCCAAGCACACUAAGCUUUUCUCCGUUGGCCCCUCCGCUAAACCGCCCCCCUCCUCCUCAUCCCCAGGGGGCUGCGCAUCUCGUCUUUCGCCCUGCUGUCGCUCACCCGCCCCACGGUCCCACCUCAAGAGUACGCCCUGCACGCCUUGCCCUGAGCCCAGCCCGGCCGUGGCUGCCCCUCGCUCCCCGGCGCUCAGCCCCCAUGCCACCCCUCACCACCUGCCAAAACCUGCAGAGUCCCAGGACAAGAGGGGUGAGGGCCAGCCGCCACAGGACUACCCUCGGUCCCUUGAGCCUGAUCUCCCUCCUGGCUACACUUACCCUGCCAUCGCAAUGGGUUACAAAGGUGGCCCCUCCCCUCAAGAAGUCCAAUUGGCUGAGCAUGCAGACUUGGAGGCGGAGCAAGCGGAACCAGCUGAACCUGCGCCCCAGCCCCACCCCCUUUCUCCCAAAGGGGAGGAGCCUGUGUGCCACACUGGAGUGGGUUCUCCUACUAGAACAUCCCAGGAAGUGGAGAAUGUAGAGGAGGAGGGAGGAGUAAUAGAAGCAGACGGACAGGUGGAUGAAGGAAAGGUGGAAGCCACUCUCUCACAAACUUCUCUUUGCCCCGUUACUGACUCUACCAUAGCAGACCCCCAUCCGGACAGAGCAACUAUGAUCCCCAACAGCCAGGCAAGUGGAAUAGAGAGUCCAGCACCAGCUGAAGACAACAAGCGGCAGGUUGAGGAGCUACGAGACUCAGCCGUGACUUCCACCCAGGAUUGUCAGUCUGUGGAAUUUACCGAGCAGGAUCCAGAGAGGACCGCUGAGGAUGAGUGCACGUCACCCACUGACUCAACCUCGCCACCUUUCUCCCCCUGCCCUGUGCCCUCUGCCCUGGGGAAUCAGUACCCUGGGAGCUGCAUUUGGAGCCUGGAGCUCCUCAUCGCAGCAGCGCUGUGUGCCACUCGAGAUGCCCGUAUGGCGGCCCCUGUGCCUGUGUCUGGGAAUGCAGUGGCCCCAAAUUAUGGUAUAGAGUUACUGAGUGAACUGGCAGAGCUGGAGCGAUCCCAACAGCAGAGGAACAACACUGAAGAGAACCGAGAAGACGACAUGUUGACCUUUGACCUCCAAAGUUUGGCGACCCUAGCUGCCGCCCGGGCCUUGGAACUGGUCCCACCCAUACCAGUAGACUCAACUCCACCCCUUCGCAGAAUCCUUAAUCUGCGCAGGAAGUGCAAGUGGACGCCACGUCCCGAACCGGUGUGUCCUGUUAAGGGUACCAUGGAAACGCUGGACCGGGAGGAGCUAGCGAUGCGUGUGCGGCUGGCAGAACUGCAGCGGCGUUACAAGGAAAAACAGAGGGAGCUGGCCAAGCUACAGAGAAAACAUGACCACCAGAAAGAAGAGAACUCACGGAGUCCGGCUCGUCGAGGACCCGGAAGGCCAAGGAAGCGCAAGUCCACGUCGGCACCCCCUAUCCCCACAGAUGCCCCUAAAAAAGUCAAGUCGGCUGGAGCGGGGGCGGGGCCAGGCCUGCUUACGGCAGAGGACUUGACUGGAGGUGGAGACAGGAAGAGGAAGAAGAGAAGGAUGACCAGUAGCCCUUACCACCAUCUCAGUAGCACACAGAUGAAGGCUCACUGUAGGCCAAGAGGCAGGCCAAGACUGCUCAGCACUAAGUUUAAACAGAAAGCUUGCUCACAGCUGAAGCAGAAAGCCAAAGCCAAGCGUGGAUCGAGACUGGUGAACUUGUUGUGUCACAGAGAAACCAAUACACCAAGCACCAUUACAGAACAUCUGUCUCGAGAGCACAGUGGAAAAGAAGAAUACACACAUUGUAAUAAAACUGGAGAGCACAGUGACACAGCAGGCAGUGGGGCAGCAGUCCACCAGGGAUCAGAUAGGAAGGGGAAUAUGAUGAGAAGAGGUGCGAGGUCAAAGGCCAUCCUGAGCUCCUCACUAAUGCCAACCCGAACUCAGCAGCUGCUAUGCAGUACAGCUGUGACCGAUAGCAAGCUAGAAGCUACCGAGAAGGGCAUCUCUCCCUCUGACAGCGACACAGAGGAGGAAGAUGACGGCAUCUAUGACAGCGAAGAAGGGGCAGAGGGCAUCAAGAAUCUAUCAUCUAAAGAGCAACUGUCUGGAGUCGGCCGUCCUUCAAAGUGCUCCAUCGUGAGGCUUGAGGCCAAUCAGAAAGCCAAGAACAAAACGGAAAGACAAGGAUUCGGGUUUAUGAAUGUGUCCAUCGUUAAAGAAGAGGUGAAGAGAAGGAAGGCCCCCUGUAGGCCGGCCCUGGUCAGUGCUGACCAUAACCACUCAGAACUGGAGGAGGAGAGGAGAUUGACUGGCCCCAAGUGGAGAGAGGGGUCAAGGGAGAACACCUUUGACCACACUAGGGUUCUCAAGACCUCACCUACUUCACGAGAAAAGACCACCAGGAAGAGCGCUGUGCUUCUUGGAAAGAGGAAAAGCUGUUGGUUAGCACUGUCGUCUCAGUAUGAUGACAUCACUUGGAGCAGACGAAUCAGAAACAAGCAGGCUAAGGGGCGAGCAGUCAGUCGUUUGCUGGAGAGCUUUGCUGCCGAUGAAGGAUUCCGGAUGGAUGACGACAGCAGCUUCUCAGAGGGAGAGGAAGAAGAAGAGGAGGAGGAGGAGGAACCAGAGCCAAUGGGCAGUGCAUUACUGGCCCUGCCCAACUGCAUUCUCACCAAAGAAAUCCUGAGGGACGGGCUGAAAGUGUUAAUCUCAAAAGAGGACGAGUUACUGUAUGCUGCCUAUGUACAUACACUGGACCUACCUGAUAUCUAUAGUGUUGUUGUUGAAGGAGAGCGCAGAAACAGGCAGAGGAUCUACUCUCUGGAGCAGCUGCUUCAGGAAGCGGUUUUAGACGUGCAGCCUGAGACGAUGGAAAUUCUGACGGCUGGAACAAGAGUGUGCGCUUACUGGAGUGAACGUUCCCGCUGUCUAUAUCCUGGAUAUGUCUGUAAAGGAAGUUCAGGUGAGGAACAGAAAGAGGGCUGCAUCAUGGUAGAGUUUGACGAUGGAGACCGAGGAUGGAUUUCUCUUUCGAAUAUUCGCUUGCUUCCGCCAGGCUACCAAAUCCACUGUGCAGAGCCAUCACCGGCCCACCUGGUCUCACCUAGCUGCCGCAGAAGGAAGACCUCCACUCAAGAGAAGAUGACUCAACAGGCUGAUGUGUCCUCAGAGUGUUCCAUUAACGCAGAGCCCAGGAAGAAUGUUGUGAAAGCCAAGCCAGGAAGGCCCAAAUCCGUCAAUGCAUCAUCAAAGAGCUGUGCAUCUGAGAACGUGACUGAAACAGCUUCCCCUCUUCUUGGCUGGCCGGUUGCUGCUAUGUCCAGGAGGAAACCCUCCAUGGAUUUGUUCCAGUUUAAUGGGUUAACAAAGAAAGCUCUAAGGGGAAGGGAGUCAGACAUGUUCCCCUUACUUAGUUCCACCAUGACCACUCCAGCCAAAGGCAUCUUCAGCACUUCCUUUGAGGUGGACUCCUUCAGCAGCAUUGCAAAUGGUUGUACUUCCUUUGGAAAUCAGCAGUUGGCAACAGGUCUGCCUCUUAGUCACAAAGGCGUCCCUGGUUUACGGGGUAGAAAGUCAGGAGACAGGAAGGAAUUUCUGGUCAAACUGGACCAUGAAGGGGUAACGUCCCCCAAGACUAAGAACGGAAAAGCAUUGUUGCUUCUUGGAAACCCAGAGGUACAAAGAGGUGGACGGAUGGAAAAGGGCUUUGGAGCCAAAGGAAUAGGAGAACUGACCUCAACAAUGGGCUACACCCAGUCCGUUCUUCUAGUCAAAGAUGCCAAAAGGAACAGUUGCCAUCUUCUCAAAAGUUCCUCAGACAUGCGUAAGCACCCUCAGGGUCUCGGGCUUAGUGAAUAUGCAGAUUAUGGGCCAAACUGCCACAGCGACUGCCUAAGCUCCUAUUCAGAUAUGGAUGAAGAUGAAGACGAGGAAGAUGAUGCUAGAAGGGCGGCAAUGCGUACCUCUGGACGCUUUCUGUCUCGUCUUUCUGUUUCGUCGUCAUCCUCAGGGUCCUCCAGCGCGUCUAGUUCAGGCUCAUUGUCCAGCUCUAGCAUUUGUUCAUCUGACAAUGACUCGUCCUAUAGUUCGGAUGAAGAAGAGGCAUCACGCCUUCUGCUUCAGGGUUGCCUUUCUUCUCAUCAUACAUUGCUCCAACAACAGCAGCAUCCUGAACCUCCCACCGCCCCACCACGACACACUUUCGGAGCCAAAACUAUGACUAUCUCUAAUUCAAAGACAGCAGUCAAUAGUAGUACAGGAAAACCUCCAAGGAGAAAGGAGAUUGCCAACAACUCUUCCUCUGUAGUACAGUCCAAAUCUUCCAAAGACUUCCCUAGAAAACAGAAGAUACCAUCUUCAGAGGGUCCACCCAACUCAUCCUCAUUCAUGCCAGGACGGCAGCUGUGGAGGUGGUCUGGGAACCCCACUCAGAGACGGGGUUUGAAAGGAAAAGCUCGGAAGCUCUUCUACAAGGCCAUUGUUCGCGGGAAAGACACCGUCCAAGUUGGCGACUGUGCAGUUUUCCUCUCGGCUGGUCGGCCCCAUCUCCCCUUCAUUGGUCGCAUUGAGAGUCUUUGGGAAUCCUGGUCCAGCAACAUGGUGGUCAAAGUAAAGUGGUUCUACCACCCUGAGGAGACCAAGCUUGGAAAAAGGCACCGGGAUGGGAAGCAUGCCUUGUACCAAAGUUCCCAUGAGGAUGAAAAUGACGUCCAAACCAUCUCCCAUAAGUGCCAGGUGGUAAGCCGAGCUGAAUAUGAGCGCCUGAGCCGUAUCAGAAAACCGAACAGCAACAGUCAAGAUCUUUACUACCUGGCUGGAACCUACGACCCCACCAGUGGCCAACUGGUGACGGCUGAGGGAGAGUCAAUCAUCUGCUAGUUAUCUGCUACGUUAGAAAAUGGCUGAAAGCACUACUGAAAUCGUGAGAUACAAGAAAUGGCUGAUAAUCAGGCCAGUCUUACAAAACUAGCAUGAUGUGGAAAGUGAGUGUAACCUACAACCAUGGGUUUCUGCAGCCACUUUCAUCUCUACUCUUGGAGUAACAGUAUAUUAUUGAACGGAUCGUGGGGAGGACAACUCGCGGUGAUUGCUCUGUGAAGGUUCCACAGACAUGAAAUGAUUUUUUUAUCUUUUAGUGAAAAAGGCACUGGACUCGUUCAGAGUAGGAUAUUUAGACUGACGACCAUGAAUCGGAGCUGAAAAACACUGACUGUGUUUUUGGAUUUGUGGAAAUUUCUUUGAGAAAGAUCUUCACUGGUUAAGCAUGUCAAACUGAUGUCCCCAGGACUUUUUGAUAUCCCAGCAGGACCAAAUACACUGUUACUUUGAGCUGUGGUAUGAUCUGCUUGUUUGUGUGCGUGAGAGGAGGUGUGAAUGAGAGGGUCAAAUAUGUGAACAACCAUGUUUGUAUGUUGAGAUCAGCCACAAAAAAAUACAAACAAAAGAAACAGGAAUGGGUGUUAACCUGGAGAGUAGAGGCCUAACUGGUGUUUUAAAUUGAAUGAUGCUGUCAUAUGUGUACAGUCUAAUGACCUCUUUUGACAAUACCAGGGAUUUUUUUAUUGUUCUUUUCUCGUUCAUUUUGGCGCUAAUGUCAAUAUAUUAAUAAGUUGGUUUAUGAGCAAACAAAAAACAAACACAGACAAAAAAACAAAAGGAAUGAUUUUUCCAGUCAAGCCAUACACUUCUGUACCUCUUGCGUAUCUUCUCAUUCAGGUGUAUAGUUGUACAAUUGAUUUAUUUGAUGUGUGUAAAUAUAUAAAUAUAUAUUAAAAACUACAAACUGUAAAUAUAAUAUAAAUGAAGAGAGAACUCUAAUCCUCUUUAUUGCUCUUGAUUGUGUUAUUUUUUUAAAAUGAAAUAACUGUUCUGAUUGGGAGGUUAGUUUUGGGGACAGGCAUGAUUUGGGAGACCUUAGUUACCGAAUACCCUCUUCACUGUUGUAUAGGAGGGAAGGGAGGGUUGGGAGACGUUCUGCUCACGGAGCAAACGCUAGAACCGACACAAUGCAGUCCAGUCAGAGGAAACAGGCUGUCUGUGUUCACUCUUUCAUCUUUUCUUUUGGAGUUUGAUUUUGGCUUUGAAAGAAUGGUUUGUUUCUAUUGCAUUUCAUCGUCUUUGUGUGAUCUAACUGGUAACAAUUUGCGCAAAAAGCUAACACGCCGUAGUUAAAAGUGCCAGGUCCGUAUAGCACAUGUGGAGGUGGUUUUACCGUCCAGAAAUUCAUUUUAAAUACUGACUGAAGGAAUCUGGCCUCCAAAAUGUCAAACCAAAGUAUGUCCUUGGAAUUACUAUACUUCCAGCUGCAAUAAAUAUGUAGACUGAAUCAUAAACAAGGGGCACUUGCAAUGUUUUUGCCUGAUGUACUUUAGAUGACUGACAACUACGUUUGCAGAUAACUUUUUAAAUGCGUUUGUGUUUGAAAACAGCUGAAAUAUUGUUCUCACAAUAUUUCAGCAAUGUUGUUGCAAAGUAUGUCUGCAAGGAGUGGGUAUGGAAAUGCAAAGCGUGAACAGACGCUUCCAGCACUUGAAGCCUCCUGCUGUCCUGUGUCACGUGAUCAUGAAGGACAAUCAUAAUCUGUAAGUGAGGGCUGUUUAAAAUGGAUCUAAUCUAAAAUAUCGCCUCUUGUCACUUUUUCUUCCUGCUUUGCCAAAAAUUGUUCUGUUUGUUUUUUUUUCCCAUUGUCAACGUUGUACUCUUAUUUGUUCAAUAUGCAAGCCUGUACAGAUUGUUCCGUGUUGGAAUUGUGAAAAAGGACAGAUAUGCCUUUCAAUCCUAAAGGAUGACUUACUUUUUUAAGGACAUUGUUGCUGUUACACUGCAGAAGCUAAAGCUUUAAGAAAUCUGAUGUGAAAAUAAAUGUAAUGUCACUUUCUGGGUCUAUAAAAAAAGAAAAAGAAAAAUGGUAUUUUUGUAAACAAACACUGGAUUCAACGCUUGAUAUGGUAGCACUGGCACCACCCGCGUGCCAGGAAGUUGGCCAAGCCUCAAAGGAAAUAGAAUCAUUGUGUAACCUGAAUUUGAGACCCACUUGGAACUGAUUUUUACGGUGGAUGUUCUUUUUGACCUUGUGGGGAAUAUAACUCUAAGAUAUUUCCACUGUUAAAACAUGUUAUUUAUCUUAAUUUUAUUGCAUUCGUGUUGCAUUUAAUUAAAAAAACAAAAAUUCUAAAUUA